AUGGCUAACAAUAGCCCCGCGGUAGGCGCCGGCAACUGCCAGCAGCAGCAGGCGGCCCAGCACCAGGCCGGAUCCGUCCCGCCGGCCCAGCCGCCGCUCCAGAGCGGGGCCCCCAAACCGGCGGCCUCAGGCAAGCAGGGCAACGUGCUGCCGCUGUGGGGGAACGAGAAGACCAUGAACCUGAACCCCAUGAUCCUCACCAACAUCCUCUCCUCGCCCUACUUCAAGGUGCAGCUCUACGAGCUCAAGACCUACCACGAGGUGGUGGACGAGAUUUACUUCAAGGUUACACAUGUUGAACCAUGGGAGAAAGGGAGCAGAAAAACAGCAGGCCAGACAGGGAUGUGCGGAGGGGUGCGAGGUGUUGGAACUGGAGGAAUUGUGUCUACAGCUUUUUGCCUGCUAUACAAAUUAUUUACUCUAAAACUCACUCGUAAGCAAGUGAUGGGCCUCAUUACACACACAGAUUCUCCGUACAUUAGGGCUCUUGGAUUUAUGUAUAUUAGGUACACACAGCCUCCUACUGAUCUAUGGGACUGGUUUGAAUCGUUCCUUGAUGAUGAAGAGGACCUGGAUGUGAAGGCAGGUGGGGGUUGUGUUAUGACCAUUGGGGAGAUGCUUCGUUCCUUUCUUACUAAGCUCGAAUGGUUUUCAACAUUGUUUCCAAGAAUUCCUGUGCCAGUCCAGAAAAACAUUGAUCAGCAAAUAAAAACCAGACCUAGAAAAAUCAAGAAGGAUGCCAAGGAGGGAGUGGAAGAAGUAGACCGACAUGCAGAGCGUAGACGUUCAAGGUCUCCAAGAAGGUCUGUGAGCCCCAGGAGGUCUCCUAGAAGAUCCAGAAGCAGAAGUCAUCAUCGGGAAGGCCAUGGAUCAUCUAGUUUUGAUAGAGAACUAGAACGGGAGAGAGAACGGCAGAGAUUAGAACGUGAAGCUAAGGAGAAAGAAAAAGAAAGGCGAAGAUCACGAAGUACUGAUCGUGCAUUAGAGCGGAGGCGAAGCAGAAGCAGAGAGAGACACAGAAGCCGUAGUCGAAGUCGUGAUAGAAAGGGAGAUAGAAGAGACAGGGAUAGAGAGCGGGAGAAAGAAAAUGAACGAAGCAGGAAAAAAGAUAGAGACUAUGACAAGGAAAAGGGUAAUGAAAGAGAGAGAUCGAGGGAACGGUCAAAAGACAGGAAAAGUAAGGGUGAAAUAGAAGAGAAAAGACACAAAGAUGACAAGGAUGAAAAGAAGCACAGGGAUGAUAAGAAAGAUUCCAAAAAAGACAGAAAACAUAGCAGAAGCCGAAGCAGGGAGAGGAAGCAUAGGAGUAGGAGUAGAAGUAAGAAUACAGGUAAGCACAGUAGAAGCAGGAGCAAGGAGAAAUUAAGUAAACAUAAAAAUGAAAGUAAAGAUAAAUCAAAUAAACGAAGUAGAAGUGGAAGCAGAGGAAGAACCGAUAGUGUUGAAAAGUCCAGAAAACGAGACCACAGUCCCAGCAAAGAGAGAUCCCGAAAGCGUAGUAGAAGCAAAGAACGAUCCCUUAAACAUGAUCACAGUGAUAGCAAGGACCAUUCAGACAAACAUGAUCGUAGAAGGAGCCAAAGUACAGAACGAGAGAGCCAAGAAAAGCAACAUAAAAACAAAGAUGAGACUGUGUGAACUCAAUGAAAAGUGGAUCACAUUGAAUCCUAUAAAUCUUUGAUUAAAUCCUGCUUAUUUUUUUCUUAAAGUUGAGAUUGUGCAGUAGUUGAGCACUCUUUUUUCAACCUCCCUCUAGGCUGCAGAUUGUCAUUUCCUAUGUUGGGUAGGGAAGUGCCUUUGUAAUCCCAUUUGAUGCAUUGAUGGUUUCAACCCAUGUGUUUAGUUUAAUUCAUAAUGCAAAGAUUGUUCUUGCGUUUUUAUUGUUCAAAUGUUUCUCAAAUGUACAGUCUGUACAUAUGUCCUGAAAAUGUUUUAAUUCCUUUGGUAUGGUUGCCAUGUUGGUUAAAUUUGUAUAAGGCAAUAAACUGCCACUAAUUCUAC